UCACAUCGAUACAAUUAAACAGGCUGAUAAUUUUCUUAAAAGUUAAAUACAUUUAAUAAUUUAAGUAAGUAACACUAACAAGCUUAAAAGUUUUAAGUCCGCUUGUAAUAAUACAAUAUAGGUAAAAAUGAAACUUUGCAGUUUUUUAAUAUCAUUUGCCUUUUUAAAUGUUUCAUCAUAUACUACUAAAAUGGAGUAUACGAAGGAUGUUGCCAUUACAAACGCACAUAUUAGGCUUGCUUCUAUUAUGAAUAACUUUACUAUAAGAGACAAAGUUGUAUUAAAUGGAUUGGAGCACGUUAUUAAAACUAUUAUUGCGAAAAGACAAAAUUAUUUAGAACGUAUCAAUAACAUGUUCACUGUACCGGAAUAUCUACCCCCUAAUACCGACUGGUGUGCGUUAAAGGUAUUCCAAAAAGAUUUGCAAGAAGUAAUAAAAUUGGAAUUAGAUAUUCCUGUUCCUGAAGUUCCAGACGAAAAUAUUCCUGUUGCUCUAAUUCCAGGCGAAAAUAUUCCUGUUCCUGAAGUUCCGGACGAAAAUUUUAUAAAAUUAGAUUUGAAUGAGCUUGGAGCGAAAAGAAGAGAAUUAACUAGAAUAGCUUUAAUAAAUAUAUUGAAGCGAACAAUAAAUUGCGGAAAACCAGAAAAAGUGACACAUCUUAUAGCUAAGAGAAGUCAUCUUGGUACAGACACUUUCGAAAAAAGAAUCAGCCAUACAUUAGCUGGACCGGAAAAGGAAAUAUCUUUACAAUGUAUGUACAUUUUGAUAGCAUUGUUCAUGAGUACAAAGUACCCAGAGUCGCAUAUAACAUAUAUUCAGAAAAACUCUGAUGGUACUUGUACCCUGAAAGAUGACUACUUUGAAGAAGAAUUCAAAACAUACAAAACAUACGGGAUAAUUGAAGGCCAAUGGUGCCAAUUAAUCGACAACGAAGUACAACCACUUAAGGAACUGUUAUGAUAAUCAUACACAUUUUAUUUGGUUUAAAUCAUUUUUGUCGAAGUUGUUAAUUCACAAUUUAAUGUAAUCUCAAUAAACAGUUUUA